AUGAGCUUCCCAAGCUUUGUCUUCCAUCAACUCUUCGUUCGUUCAGCUCAACUUCCACCUGCAAUCAGCCCCAAAGACCAAAAUAUUCCCAUCACUGGCUCAAAUACUGGAAUUGGACUGGGAGCUGCCCGACAAUGUGUUAAGAUGGACGCCAACAACCUGAUUCCCGCCGUGCGGAAUAUCUCCAAAGGCAAAGCUACAAAAGCCGACAUCCUCAAAUCUAACUCCGCAUCGAAAACGCGAGUCGAGGUAUGGAAUCUUAAUCAAGAGUUCAUAAAAUCAGUAAAUGCUUUCGGGAAGCGAGUUCAAGGACUGCUACGUCUGGGCGUUGCUAUAUUAAAUGCUGCAAUCUUCAAGUUCGAUUGGCCCUCUUCUCCUGAGACUGGUUUCGAGUCGUCACUGCAGGGCAAUCAUCUUUCUACAGCUCCCUUGACUUUAUAUCUCCUCCAGGUCUUGGGAAAGACUUCAAGAGAACUCAAACGAACUACACGCCUUACAGCAACAUCAUCCGAAGUAGCUCUGUGGACGCCGUUCAAAGAACAAAAGCCGGAAAGGAUACUUGACUAUCUCAAUGACCAGGAAUGCGAAAGCGCGCGGCAUUGA